GUAACCGAACGCUAGUCCUCUAUUCCGGGUGGCCGAUUUCGGCCUUGAAAGUAGGAGGCGCUCCCUACUCAACACAGAACUGUACACAGUAUCCAGGCUGUAAAGACCUCGGAGAACCCAAGUUCCCUGUGCAAAAAGGGAAGACAAUUUUGAGGCUUGAUCAUAACGAAUUCCAAGACGGAUUCUUACGCAGAAGACGAUAUGGACAUGAUGAGUAGAGGGGGACACAUGUACUCCCCUCUCGUGGAGCGAGGAGCGCGGAGACCCAAGUGUGCUCGUUGUAGAAACCAUGGUAUGGUAUCGUGGCUGAAGGGCCAUAAGAGACAUUGUCGCUUCAAGGACUGUUCUUGUGCCAAAUGUAAUCUCAUCGCCGAACGACAGCGAGUGAUGGCGGCACAGGUGGCUCUGAAACGCCAGCAAGCGGCAGAAGACGCCAUAGCCAUGGGCCUCCGUGCUUGUCAAGCUGACUCCAGCCUCCCCACCCUGACCCAGGGGCCACUCUGGGGACCUGGGACCAUCAUACCCCCACAAAUAUCAGAGAAUACUAGAGAAGGGGAAGAAGGAAACCACGAGGACGCAAAUGAUAACGAUGAGGACGUGGACGUGGAUGAAACCGGGGAUGAGGAGAAAGAAGAGACGGAGACCUUUGAAACAGCUAAACAACCAAUAAAAACAGUUGACACAUCAGAACCUCGGGAGCAGAAUAACAAUCUGGUGUCACGGGAGAGGAGUACCACACCGAAACCAGCCUUACCAAAGAAAACUGGACACGCGGAAGAGAGUCAUCCUUCUUCUAUCCCCACAGCGUACCGGCCGGGCAGGCUGAGUCACAUUGAAAUAUUAGAAAGGAUAUUCCCCUUUCAGAAAAGAACUGUACUAGAAUUAGUCUUACAAGGGUGCAACGGAGACAUUGUCAAAGCUAUUGAACAUUUUCUCUCUCUCCAAGACACACUUAUGGCCCAACAGCAUGCAUCAAUGCGCGCACCGCCCAGUAGCAUGGAAAAUGGCUUCCAUCCGUAUAUGAAUGCUUUGAAUUCGGUAAAAUCAACGACGAACGGCGUUCGCGCAAAAUACCCUCUCAACAACGGUGGGAUCAAAUCAGCAUUCACCCCGCUAACUCCGGCGUCGUCUCAAGCUGCUCUUCAUUCUGCGUUCUCUCCUCGAGCUGCGGCGUUCACGACGGACGCUCUCCUGGGACGAUCACCCCUUUUUCCGCGCCAUGACAUUCGCCCAGCCGACUUUUUCAGUGCGUCAUCUCCAUUCGCAUACCCUGGACUUGGGACGCUCACUCCAACCCUAUCGUCGGGCCUUGGAGCCCCUUUUCUUCUUCAUCCUUACCGCCACUUUUCUGGUGAAAUACCUCAAGGCAUUUUAAGUAAACCGUUAGAGAAGUCACCAAGAAGUGACCGAGACUCCGAAUGUCUUUCUGACUGUGGAAGUUCGGAAGAUGCUAAUACUUAAAUUGGACGCGAUCCGUUAGGAACGACUUUUUUUGUUAAAUUUCUGAAGACUAUUAUAAAAAAUUAGGUCACAGGCAAAUGCACACUGACUUUUGGUGCAUCUCCGUGUCAGAAUGUUGGCCUGAGAGCGAGAGUAUUGUGAUAGUAAAUUGUUAUGUAGCGGUUGUGGUUUUAUAUUCUCCAAAUGUGCGUGGUAAAGUGAGAUUCAUUUGUAAUGCACUCAUUGUACACCUAUAUACCAAGUAUUUGUUAAAAUAACCGUUUCGAUGUCUUGAAGAAAAAACUUAUAUUAAGACAUAUAUCAAAAUAUUUUUGUUUUAUCACUGUUUUUCUCUUAAAGGCUUGUAGCUGCAUGUUGAAGGGGUACUUAAUUAAUUAUACUUAUUUAUAGUAUGUUAAUAGAUACUGUAAAUCUCAAUAAUAUUUAAAUGCUUUGUUUCCUAUUUGUCUUAAACUUACC